AUGUCAAGCCCCGUGGACCACAAACGAAUCAUCCAUGUCCAAGAACAACAUCAACAUGGAGAACACUCGUCCAUCCAAGAAUCCCCAACCUCCGACGAGGGUACCUAUGUGAACGAGUCCUCCGAAUCGCGUAACCCGAACAGCCUCAAAGUCGAUACGGCCCUCUAUCCCGAUGGUGCACCCCCCAUGAGCACUCCCUCCGCUCGCCGUGAACAAGCCACUCGUUUGGAGGAUGACUUGACCCUCCUCCAGGCCGAGCGUGUCGCAUCCCGCUCUACUCAGGGCGAGACGGGCGAAAAUGGCGACCACCACUCUAUCAGCCGGACCCGAUCGCGUCGCAGCGAGGCCGUCGAUGAGUUUGACGAGGCCACCAACCCUCUCCAUGAGAAGGCCGCCAUCUACAAACCCCCCAAGAGUCCCAAUACCAAGCUGUCCGCCUUUGUGAAGCGGAUUCACCAGUCUAGCUUCCUCGUUCGCUAUCUCACCUAUAUCGUCCCCAUGGUUCUCCUCAUUAUGAUCCCCCUCUUGGUCGGCGCCCUCCAGUUUCCCAAUACCAGUGUUGGAGGUGUGAAAUUGAUGUGGUUCUCCAUUUGGCUCGAGAUUGUUUGUGUCUUCACCAACAACGCGAAGAAAUGGCGCGACAUGGCCAAGCAGCUUGAGAUUCACUUCGCCCUGUUUCUGUGGUGGCUCGGCAUCGAAAUUUCUUUCCUCCCCACGAUGAAGAACCACCAUGUUGAUGGCGACAAGGGGACUCGCAGCUGGGAGAACACUCUCAACAAGAUCAUCAUUGUGAUUUUCGUCUGGACGAUUCUCAACUUGAUUGAAAAGGUCAUUAUCCAGCUGAUCGCCAUUAGUUUCCACCUGCGCACCUACGCCGAUCGCAUUGAGAUCAACAAAUUCCAGAUCGGCAGCUUGGUGAAACUAUACCAAUGGUCGCGCGCCCAGAUCGAGGAGGAGGAUGAUGCUUUCCAGGAGAUCAAUCAGGAUCAAUCCGGCUCGGGCACCAAGACUCCGCUGCACUACGCCGGAAAGGCCGGUCGCGCCGCCCAAAAGGUUGCCGAAAAGGUCGGUAACAAGGUCGGUGAUGUGGCUGGUGGCGUCGUUUCGGAUUUCACCGGUCGCAGAGUCAAGAACAGCGGCGACCCUUACCAAGUCAUUCUGACUCUUCUCCGUUCCACCUCCGGUUGCCAGGUUCUGGCCCGUCGCCUUUACCGUACUUUUGUCCGUGAUGGCUUCGACACUGUUUUCUCCGGCGAUUUGAAGGAGGCCUUUGACAACAAUGAAGAAGCCGAGGCUGCUUUCGUCAUGUUUGAUCGCGACAUGAAUGGUGAUAUCUCCAUGGAAGAAUUGGAAGCUGUGUGUGUCGACAUUGGCCGUGAGCGCAAAUCCAUCACCGCUUCGCUGAAGGAUCUGGACUCUGUCGUUUCCAAGCUGGACGAUGUUUUCAUGUUCUUUGUAUUCGUCAUUGUUAUCAUUGUCUUCCUCUCGCUGAUCUCGACCUCCGCCGCUGGUGUCCUCACCUCUGCUGGUUCCACCAUUCUGGCUCUCUCUUGGCUGUUCUCUGCCACCGCACAGGAAUUCCUGCAAUCCAUCAUCUUUGUUUUCGUCAAGCACCCCUUCGAUGUCGGUGACCGUGUCACUAUCUACGGUAACGCCGGUGAUGCCGGUCUGGGCGACGACUACUUCGUGAAGGAGAUCACUCUUCUCUACACCGAGUUCAAGAAGAUGCAAGGCCACGUCGUCCAAGCUCCGAAUAGUUAUCUGAACGGACUCUUCAUUCUCAACCAGCGCCGUUCCGGAGCUCUCGCCGAAGCCGUCCCCAUCAUCAUCAAGUACGGCACAACUAUCGACCAACUCGACGGUCUUCGUCAACGCCUGCUGGAAUUUGUCCGCAGCGAGAAGCGCGAUUUCCAGAGCAAUAUUCUCACCGAGCUGCGCGCCGUUACCGAGAACUUCUCCGUCACCCUGAACGUAGUCUUCUUCUACAAAUCCAACUGGCAAAACGAAGGUCUCCGCCUGCAACGCCGCAACAAAUUCAUCUGCAUGCUCAUGAUCGCCUUGCAAGAGAUCGGCAUCGAGGGCCCUCGCAUGAACCUCCAAGGCGCCAAUGUCGACUACCCCGUCCACAUCAACUACGGCCAACCAAUGGUCGCCCCGCCCCUGCACAGAGAAGAUCCUACCGAACCCGAAGAAGUUCCCAUCGGCGAACCGGGCAGCCACUCAAUCCCCGAAAACACCAGCGUCAGCAGCGGCACCGCUGCCCGCCACCCCUCCAUUCUGCGAAAGGGCAUGAACACCGCAGCUGCCCGCGCCCGCGGUGCCUCAACAUCGCGCAAACACGUCGACUUCUCCCUGGGAAUGGCAAAUCUCUCCUCAAACGACGUCAUGGGCGACGUAUUCGAAGACCGCUCCGUGCGCAUCGACGAUGUGGUCCGCACAUCAAACCGCGAAGCCACAGAGCGCCGCAUGCAGAAUCUCGCCGAGGAGGAAGAAGAGCGCCGAACCAGCCGCAGUGCCAGCGCCAGUACUGGCGCUGCCUCGUCACACCGGGGCAGUCGGCGCCCGUCGAAUUUGACUACCACCACCACGUACGAGGGUCGGCUUUCAACCGACGCGCACAGCGUCAGGAGUGGAGCUUCGUCUGCGAGAAAUCGCUUCUUCCGUCAUCGCAGCAGUGUCAGUCGCGAUGGGAACGAUUUGGAGUCUGGGCGCGAUAUUUCGCCCAGUGCGCCUGUUCCUGUUUCGGGCGCGCAGGAUGGUCACCAUCCGCAUGUGCAGGUGCAUGAUCAUGAUGAGAAGCAUAUGCAAUAA